AUGACAAUUAGCAUUAAUGUUUUUUUUUCCUAUCAAUGUACAAUCAUGGGUUUCCAAACCACUGGAAACAUGAGGAUCAAGUUAGUGUACAGGGUACUGAUGUGUUGAUUGUUGUGAUAAAAUGAGGACUGGCUACUGCACAAACAAACAGAGGUAAUAACUGAACUAAUGUAGACAUGUGUUCACUUGGGUCGAUGAUAUAUAUUGAUUUUCCAGUUCAGAAGAGGAAGUUCCAUUAUGCCUAUUCAGUUUUGUAACCACAUACGCUAUAAUCCUAAUGCUGUCCCGUAUGGUAGAGCGAGUCAUUACUAGAAUAUAUGGACAUGCGGUCAUGCAAGACCCUCUGCAUAUAAUCCUCCAAAUGGCAUGCAUAGCCUUUAUAUUUCUUAACCACGACUCGCGUACACGGGCGCCCUCUAGUGGUUAUAUAAUCUGGACUAUUGCCCUGUGUCGUGCAGUCAGUGCUAGGCUCCGCGCCCAUCGUUGUUGGUGCCAGUUGCACCGUCACUCCGAGGGGACCGUUUGACACCGCGACCUAGGAAGGGGGGCAUGCGCUGUUUUCACUAGAGGGGAUAGCUGACUGCAACUGGCCAGAUGGAGACGGAGAUGUACGGGUCGCUGAAGGGGCUGUCCGGUGGGGGUCCUCCUCGUCAGCCCUCGGCCACGGUGAAGACGAGGCGGAGGAAGCGGUGGGGGGGUUUGAGGCAGAAGUGGAAGAUGCUUGGCCUGUUUCCCAUCGACCCCGAGCACGAGUUCCACGGCCUCACAUGCAUGAUGAAGGACGGUCUGGCCGCCGCCAUCCAGAGCACCGUCGACACCCCGCCUACGAAUAUUACAAGCGAUGAAGAUUUCAAAAUGAAAGACACUCAAAUCCAUAAGGGUUUUACGCUCCAAACGUACGCGGGCCACGUGUUUGCCAGCUUCCGGAGCGCGCUGGGAAUGUCGGAGAGGGAAUACCAGCUGUCUCUGUGCUCGGCCAGCAGCUACCUGCAGUUCAUCAGUAACUCCAAGAGCAAGGCCGACUUCUUCCUCACAAAUGAUAAACGAUUUUUUUUGAAGACCCAAAACAAGAGGGAGAUACGGUUUCUUCUGGACAACCUGAAGAUCUACAUGGAGCACCUGAGAAAAUAUCCCCACUCACUGCUGGUCAAGUUCCUCGGCGUUCACAAGAUCAAAAUUCCACACCAAAAAGAGAAAUACUUUAUCGUCAUGCAAAGUGUUUUCUAUCCAGACGACCGAAUCAUUGCAAGGUACGACAUCAAGGGGUGUGAGGUGAGCCGCUGGACGGACCCGUCUCCUGAGGACCACCAGGUCAUCGCCGUCCUCAAAGACCUCAACUUCCGGGACCAGUACAUCGAACUGGACCAGCAGCGGGCCUGGCUCCUGUGCCAGAUGGAGAUCGACACCCACUUCCUGCGGCAGCUCAACGUGCUGGACUACAGCCUCCUGCUGGCCCACCAGCCGCUGCACCAGGACGAGCGGCCUCGCGGCUCCUUCGGCUCCCUCAUCAUCAGGGCCAAGAGGUCCGUGACGCCGGGCUCCAGCCCCUUGCACCCCGGCCCAGCCCCGGGGGUCCCCGGGGCGGUCCUGGAGGACGCCCCCGCCAACUCCCCGCCCUCCUCCUCCUCCUCCUCCGAGACGGACGGCUACCACGUCAGGAAGUGGGCGGCGGGGGGACGCGGCCGCCCGCGCUCCCGGGCCAGCGACUCUGGGGAGGGGGGCCGGGGUGGCGGCGGCGGGGGGGGGGACUCGACGGAGAUGGACGAGUACCUGGCGCACAACCGCCGGCUGCUGCCCAACUUCAAGAACCCGCUGCACGUGAUCGACGGGCCCGAGCAGCGCUACUUCGUGGGCAUCAUCGACAUCUUCACGGUGUACGGCCUGCGCAAGCGGCUGGAGCACUGGUGGAAGCGGCUGCGCUACCCCGGGCGCAGCUUCUCCACCGUCAGCCCGCCGGCGUACCGCGCCCGCCUGUGUGACUGGGUCAAGGAGCACAGCAGGUAGAAGGGCGUGGAUGUGGACCUCCACCUCGGGGAACCCUGAUGAUAACCAAUAAAAGGGGGCGUAUUAUGUCACCAGGUGUGAGUGUGAUUGGCCGUCACAAGCCGUUUUCUGAAAAUCUGCCUUUUUCGGACAUCACAUGCGGGCGUGUCCACCUAGAGGUAUGACGCGAUAGAUCCACUGUCCACUACCCAGUCCACUGGGUAGGCUGGUAGACUGAUCUAUCCAGCGCACAGCUAGGUGGACACGCCCGCAUGUGAUGUCAGAAGAGGUGGAAUUUCAAAACGGCUUGGAAUGGCCAAUCACACUCACACCUGGGGGUAUAAGGUCACCUUUAACAGUAUGACGGUGUACACACACUUGAUAGUUGCAGAGCUCAUAUUUGGUCGUCGAUGUAUUGUGCCUUUCUUCUCCCUCGCCUUAGCCAGCUUUUACUGCAAUCUGAUCGCAAAACACGGUGCGAAUGUACAUACAUGGAGAAACAGACGAGAAGGAGUAACCGUUUGAUGCAUGUUAAAGUGCUAGUUGGUAUCGGAUAAUGUCAGCUUGUUUACUUGUGAGCUUGUUCCCAAAGUUAGCUCAGACUAAAGAGUUUUGCAGCCGAGGCCUAAGGGGUGUUGGCUUUUUGGUUUCACGUUAAACCUUUUUGCAACUGAAGGUUGAUUUCACCACCUUUUGGUUGUGACUCGAUAGCCAGUCAAAGCAUUGGAUCUUAAAAACAUGUCUGUUCUGAAAACGUUGCUGAUACAUUGUUUACAUGAGGGGACUGCAAACCGGCAUCUCAUAUCAAGGGUUACUCUUAAGUGUUACAUGCAAAGACGUUUGACUCGUGUAUAUGAAGACUUCAGAAUCUGUAUAGGCCUAUACAUUUUCUAAUCAGGUGUCAAAAUGUUUUGCCUUUUAUUUCCAGACGGAUGCAUCUUUUUACUAGUACAAAAAAAAAGAGCCAGAUUAAAAGGACUAUGCUUACUGAAUGACCUACAUCUGCGUUGGCCAUUUGUUUACUUUGAUUCGGUGCAAUGUCAUCCACACACUUUAAAGGAAAGUCUGUUAAAGGGUUAAGGAUGUCAUGACAGGUAAUGAGGAUUGUUGGUUUAAAAUAGAGCUGUUAUGCAAUGUAGGGCCAUCUAUAUAGAUAUCUAUAGAUGUAUAGAUAGAUGUAUAGAAUCUCUAGUGGUCAAAGUAAGCCUGCAUGUAAUGUUCUAGA